AUGCCUCCGGCACGUCCUUCUCGUGGGAAACCUUCCAAGCCUCACCAGGACUCUGGGAGAGCUCUGAAACGCAAGCGUGGCCAGGAGGAUCUUUCCUCACUUGUCAAGCGCGUUGAAGAGCUGGACAUCAAGGCCUCGGUCAAAAACUUCUCCGAUCUGCCUCUCUCCGAACCUACAGCCGAUGGUCUGUCCGCUUCCCACUUCAAGGUUAUGACUGAUAUUCAGUCGCGCGCCAUCAAUCAUUCUUUGAAGGGUCGUGAUAUCCUCGGUGCCGCAAAGACCGGUAGCGGAAAAACCCUGGCCUUCCUCGUCCCCGUUCUCGAGAACCUCUAUCGCAAGCAAUGGACCGAAUACGAUGGAUUGGGCGCUUUGAUUCUCGCUCCUACUCGUGAACUGGCAAUUCAGAUUUUCGAAGUUCUGCGCAAGGUUGGUCGGUACCAUGCCUUCUCCGCUGGAUUGGUUAUUGGCGGCAAGAGUUUGCGCGAGGAACAGGACCGUCUGGGCCGCAUGAACAUUUUGGUCUGUACACCCGGUCGUAUCCUGCAGCAUUUGGAUCAGACUGCUAUGUUUGAGACCAACAACCUGCAGAUCCUUGUCAUGGACGAGGCCGAUCGUAUUCUCGAUAUGGGUUUCCAGAAGUCUGUUGACGCUAUCAUCGACCACCUCCCCAAGACACGCCAAACCAUGCUCUUCAGUGCUACACAAACCAAGAAGGUCGGAGAUUUGGCUCGUCUGAGUCUGCAGGACCCCGAGUAUGUUGCCGUCCACGAAGCUGCCGCUUCAGCUACACCCUCGACCCUCCAACAACACUACGUUAUCACACCUCUCGCCAAGAAACUCGACACCCUGUGGAGUUUCAUUCGCAGCAAUCUGAAGUCGAAGACUGUGGUUUUCCUGUCCUCAGGCAAGCAAGUCCGAUUUGUCUACGAAUCUUUCCGACACCUGCAACCCGGUAUCCCCCUGAUGCAUCUUCAUGGUCGACAAAAGCAAGGCGGUCGUUUAGACAUCACCACCAAAUUCUCUUCAUCACAGCACGCUGUUCUCUUCGCCACUGACGUUGCGGCCCGUGGUCUCGAUUUCCCCGCAGUUGACUGGGUCAUUCAGAUGGAUUGCCCCGAGGAUGCCGACACUUACAUUCACCGAGUGGGACGUACUGCCCGAUACGAGCGAGUUGGUCGUGCCGUCCUCUUUUUGGACCCCAGUGAAGAGAAGGGUAUGCUCCAGCGAUUGGAACAGAAGAAGGUUCCCAUCGAACGCAUCAACAUCAAGGCCAACAAACAGCAAAGCGUUACCAGUCAGCUUCAAAACAUGUGUUUCAAGGACCCCGAACUCAAGUAUCUGGGUCAGAAGGCAUUCAUUUCCUACGUGAAGUCUAUCUACGUGCAGAAGGAUAAGGAUGUUUUCAAUAUCAAGGAACUCUUACUCGAGGACUACGCCAACAGCUUGGGUCUGCCUGGUGCUCCCCGUAUCAAGUUUAUUAAGGGAGAUGACACUAAGGAGCGCAAGAACGCAUCAUGGAGAAUGGCACACCUUUCUAGUGGUGAGGAAGACUCGGAUGCCGAGGAAUCCAAGAAGGACAAGAAGGAUGAGAAGCAAGUGCGCACUCGCUACGAUCGUAUGUUUGAGCGUCGUAACCAGGACGUUCUCGCAGAACAUUACUCGAAGCUCAUUAACGACGAUGGAACAAUGAUGGCUGCUGGUACUGGAAACGGUGCUGGUGAAGACGCAGACGAGGAUGCCGACUUCCUGUCUGUCAAGCGCAGAUUUGAAGCCGGUGAUGCCGGUCUUGACCAAGUCGACUCUGACUCCGAUGACGCAGAAGCCUUUAAGGAAGUCAAGAAGGUUCAAAUUGACGGACAAGAACCGUUGGUUAUUGACUCCAAGCGUCGCGAGAAGUUGCUCAAGUCGAAGAAGAAGCUCCUCAAGUUCAAGGGCAAGGGUACCAAACUUGUCUACGACGAGGAGGGCAAUGCUCACGAGGUCUACGAGAUGGAGGACGAGGAACAGUUCCAGGCCCGUGGCGACGCCAAGACACAGCGCGAACGUUUCCUGGAGGAGGAGGGCGAGCGUACCCGCGCGGCGGAUGUCGAGGACAAGGAAGUUGUCCGCGAGAAGAAACGCGAGAAGAAGGAGAAGCGUCGUGCGCGCGAGCGUGCUCUGGCCGAGGAAGAAGCAGACUCAGAAGAUGGUGGUAUCCAGCUUCCAUAUAUUCCAUUCAAGGAUCCCAUGGAGUCUGCCUCCGAGCCCGAGUCCGAGCCCGAACUUGUCGAGGCACCACGUCCCAGCAAGAAGGCGCGGGUUUCCUUUACCGCCCAAGACAGCGACGACGAGCGGCCGAGCAAGAGCAAGAAGAGCAAGGUUACAGCCGAUACCCAGAUCUCGUCUUUGCAGGAUCUGGAGGCUUUGGCCAGUGGCUUACUGGGCUAG